CGAAGGCAGAGUGUUGUGAAGGUGUUCAUUCCGGUUUCGCGGCAAAGACUCAGACGCGCACGUUAAAUCUUCAUACUAUUAAAUUUCUAUCUUUACUCUUUCCAUUUUAAAUCGUUUCUUCGCGUAAUAAUUCGUUUUCCAUUCGCGUAUAAUAUAUAAUACUUUUAACUCGCGUCGCGAUAAGUUCGUUAUCGUUUCGAUAUUUCGUUUUAAUUAAUACAUAUAGUAGAACGGCCAACCCUGUGCGCGACAACUGAGUGUGAGGCGUAAUACUCAACUCUCCUUGGUUUCCAGAUUACAGACAACCUACAGCAGGAAAACGAACACAAUGAAGACACUAAAUUGUCUGGUGUUCCUAGCAGGAUGUUUUGUUUUUGCAAAAGCACACACCUAUCACAUGGGCGCCUGUCCAGUUGUAGAACCAAUGCAAGGAUUUCAAAUGAGCAACUUUUUAGGAGUAUGGUACGUGAUACAGAAAACGUCGACUGCCAGCAAGUGCAUUAUUUACAAUUACACCCGUGGUGAAGAACCGGGUGAAUAUAUUAUAACGCAGGAAUCUGAUCAUCCAGUAUUGGGUCUAACGCCAUUGAAGCAUGAGUACCAUUAUACCGGAGAAUUGACCGUUCCGGAGCCGAGCACACAAGCUCGAAUGCAAGUUCGUUUUCCCCUUAGCGUAGCAGGAACUGCGUCUCACGUAGUGUUCGCUACAGACUACGACAACUAUGCAGGUAUCUUCACCUGUCAGAAGCUGGCAUUUGCCCAUCGUCAGAGUGCAACCAUCCUUUCCAGGCGACGAGUUUUGGACAAGAGCUACGUGGAUAAGAUACGCGAAAGACUGAGCUAUUUCGGUGUAGAUCCUUAUGAUUUAAGCAUCAUCUCCCAAACCGGUUGCCCACAAGGCAAUAACACCUUGGACAUUAACAUUGACCCACAUACAUUCUCUGCUGAGAACUUUGGUAACGUGGUCCGUAAGGCUGGAGAAAAAUUGGGCGAUGGUGUUCAAUGGGUCGCCAGUACCGGAAGCAAGGUCUACCAUAAGAUAGCCGGAAGCGAGGAGAAGAGUGCCACUAAACCAGCAGAUAAUACUAGAUCUAAUAUUAAUAAGGAUUACGAGACGAAUGAAGUCGAAUGGAUUCCUUAAGAUCAUUUAGAAGUAUGUAUAUUUUAGCUGAUAUGCUCCCGAUGGGCCAUGUCCUGUCGAGGAUAUUCCACCACCGAUAAUAUUCCUUUAAAAUUGUUUUUUAAGUUUAAUGAAACCCUUGAGAUAAAUCCGUGAUAUCUGUACAUCAGACAAUUAAGAAUUGUUGACGGGAUAGAAAGAGAAUGAAAGACUAUCUGACGAGUAAAUUUUUGUAAGACACGAUUGUUAGAAUAAAAUAAAGUUGUAAGAACCAUAUGAA